GCUGUGGAGCCGUGCACCUCCAGCGGCAGUGCGCGCUGUGUAUGGCCUGCUGCAGCUCCAGCUCCGAGGCGUGGGGGCGAUGACACCGGCGCUGUCCUACAUGCACACGGUCUGAUCUACGCGGAGUUAUUCAUCAUUGAGACCUGUCCUGAAUCAAAGCGUUACAAUGGCGCUUCUGCAUGCACCUUUACGCACACGUUGGAUGGUAACGGCUUUCACGCUUAUUGCACUAUGGGGCUGUGCGCUCUCCAUCACGCGCUACUCUAUACCGGAGGAGAUGGAAGAGGGAUCCUUUGUUGCAAAUCUGGCCACGGAUCUCGGUUUGGACGUCCGCACAUUGACGCAACGUGAGGCGAAGCUCGAUUUUGUGAACAGUAAGAAUUACCUUGACAUCAAAAAAGACACGGGUGAGUUGGUUAUACGUGAGAAAAUAGACCGGGAAAACAUCUGCACCUCUAAAACCACGUCUUGUUUCUUAAAAAUGGAUGUCAUUCUCGAGAACCCCAUCCGUAUUUUUAACAUUGAGCUAGAGAUAAUGGACAUUAAUGACAAUGAGCCUGUGUUUCGCAGAAAGACAAUGAAUUUGGACAUUUCGGAAGCCACCCCUCCCGGGGAGAGAUUUUCAUUGACAAAUGCUGUAGAUGCAGAUGUGGGCACCAAUUCAGUCAAGACUUACCAUCUGAGUGAGAGCAAAUUCUUUAACAUUGACAUUCAGACCGGCAGUGAUGGUUCUAAAUAUGUAGAUUUGGUGUUAAAUGGGAAUCUAGACAGAGAGGAGCAGGGAGCUCAUAAUCUGAUUUUGACGGCAGUAGAUGGAGGGGUGCCUCCCCGCUCUGGUACAGCGAGCAUCAUUAUCAAUGUCCUGGAUAUCAACGACAACGCCCCCCUCUUCAGUCAGCCGGUAUAUACAGUCAAUGUCUCCGAGAACUCUGCUGCAGGCACUGUGGUCAUGGUGUUAAAUGCGACAGACUUGGACCAAGGCACGAACGCAGAGCUGCUAUACUCGUACACACUGUACACUUCGGAGAAAACCCAGGAGAUCUUUAUGCUCGAUCAGCACACGGGCGAGAUCAAGGUGAAAGGCGUCAUAGACUAUGAGGAGAGUCAAAGUUUUGAGAUGCACAUCCAAGCGCAAGACCGGGGCACCAAUCCACUGUCAGGACACUGCAAAGUCACAGUCUAUGUCAAUGACCUCAAUGACAACUAUCCUGAAGUCACCAUCAAGUCUGUGAAAAACGCAGUCAGUGAAGACACCCCCAUUGGCACUCUUAUCGCUGUGGUGACAGUGAGAGACCAGGACUCUGGAGACAACGGUGUGGUCGAACUCACUUUGAGCCAACAAAGAACAUUACCAUUACUUUUAAAUAAAACCUCUGAGGGGUUUUACGAGCUAAUAGUGUCAAAACCAUUGGACAGAGAAAUGAUCAGUAAAUACGAACUAAUUCUCAUGGUGACAGACAAAGGCAGCCCACCCCUAUCUGAAAAUGAAACAAUAAUUUUAGACAUUUUAGACAUCAAUGACAACGCACCCACAUUCCCUCAGCCUUUUUACACCAUCCAUGUUGUGGAGAAUAAUGUACCAGGGGCUCUAUUGACAUCUCUCAGCGCUCAUGACCCAGAUCUGAACGAAAACCAAUAUUUAGUCUACUUCAUAAUGGAAAAAGAGAUUGUGAACACAUCUAUGUCCAUGCUGUUUUCCAUCAAUCCAGAAAACGGAGAUCUUUACGCUUUAAAGACAUUCGACUAUGAAAGAGAAAGAGACUUCUUAUUCCACAUUGAGGCAAGAGAUUCUGGUGUUCCUCCACUUAGUAGUAACGUGACAGUCCAUAUUAUCAUACAAGAUCAAAAUGACAACACUCCGAUAAUAGUUUCACCGUGGAGAGCUCAAGGAUCUAUUGUAGAGGAAGUAAUACCCCGCUCCACAGAUAAGGGACAUCUAGUGGCUAAAGUUAUCGCCAUUGAUGCGGAUUCAGAGCAGAAUUCAAGAGUGACAUACCAACUUCUACAAAUCACCGAUGCUUCUUUAUUCAGCUUGGACCAGUACAAUGGAGAGAUCCGAACAACAAGAAUGUUCAGUUAUAGAGAUCCGAGGCAGCAAAGAUUAGUCAUUGUCGCCAAAGACAACGGUGAUCCUGCCUUGUCAGCUACAGUAACCAUCAAGAUCUCAACUGUAGAAAAUGUGAUGUCGUUUUCAGAAACUACUGAGCUGCCAAUUGAAUAUGACAUGUUCACGGACUUGAACUUGUACUUGGUGAUCGGACUAGGAGCAGUGUCAUUCUUGUUACUAAUCACCAUCCUGGUUAUAAUUGUCCUGAAGUGUCAGAAACCAAAGCCCAAAGCUAUCAAGAUCCCACCAAACGCCAACAGGAACAGUGUCAUCAGCAGAAAUAGCGUCAUCAGUCAGAGAAGUUCCACCAUCGCGGAUUCGACCCUGAUCUCCAGCGAUGCUUACUGGUACAGCCUGUUCCUGGCUGAGACGAGGAAGGGGAAAGUGGUGGUGAGGCAGCCCAUCAUCCCCAAAGGAGGCUACUUUGUGUCCAGUAUACCCCGGAGCAUAGGCCCCAGUGAGACGGACUCCAGAGCAUCCACACUGGAGGGCCCCAGAAGAGAACUGCCAUGAUAUAAUCACCUCUUCACUGGUGACUCACACUGAAGACAUACCACAGCUGCCCACCCAACUCCCCCCGUCCCCUCCAUCAUUGACAAUUCGACCCAUUCUUUUCUCAGAUUAAGCAUGAAUCUGCAUGGCUCUACAAUAUUCAGGCGUCAAAUCGUGUAUUGCAGAAAUCCUGGACAUUCCAAAAGUGGCCUCAUGCUGUCAUUCCUUAACCAGAGAAGUGCUGCCUUCUCUCCAGCUUUACAUACAAGGUGUGUCCAGAGAGUAAGAAGAGGGAGAUCUACAAUGAUAAUGCUUUUACCAUAUGAGUAAUAGCAGUUGCAUACCAAGUUCUUGACCUCUAUAAAGAGCUUUAAGAGUCCAUCCUAAGACUGUGCAGGUUCUGUUUUUCUUACGUAAUAUCACAGUAUUAAGCAUAUGUGUGGGUGGCUAACCUAAUUUGGUUCCAAGUGAGUACUUGAGUAAACCACAAGUUUUAUUUUUGUUGGAGAAGUAAAAAGUUGUGCUUGCAUUCUGGUCAACUGUACACAGAAAACAAAAAUAGAAAAACUGUUUGGACACACCUUGCAUACUGUAGUGAUAGAAAUCCCUCAUUGUUAAGUUCACGUUCCCACAUGAUUCAGGGCGAAAAACUCCAUAAAACUGUAGCUGGUAAUAGUGCUUAGACAUUAGUGAUAUUGAUUUGACAUAUUUUAUACAAAGCAUUUCACUACAUUUUAAGUCUUAAGACUCAUAGUGUUACUGGUAAGAAAAUAACAAGUGGUUCGGUUUUCAUUACCAUUCUUAAAUAGUGAGUUUUCAAGUGUCUUGUUUGAUUUAGCUGAUUGUAAAGAAAAGAAAAUGAGGUAACAGAAAGAAACGCACACCCUUAAAAAAUAUCAGGUGCAUAAUUUAUUUAGAAAUAUAAGCUUUAUGCCUGACUGCAAUAGGCAGAGCAGACCGCAAUAAUUCUACUUCUUAAAAAAAAAAGGUUUUAUUCAAAUAUAGUAUAUAAAUGGAUUUUUACAAAUCCAAACCUCUUUACAUCAUGAAAAAUAUUGGUUUAUAAAUUUCGCAACAUGGACUUACAAACUAAUAAAAAAAGCAUUUGUUUUCAACCGUCAACAAUCUAAUCAGUAUUAAAAAAAGGUACUAAACUUUUGUAAUACAAUUUUUAUCAUGUACGAUAAGGUCCAGACAUAAAGUGUUGUUAAUGACUGUUUUUAUAAAUAUUUUAUGUAUCAGAUUUUAUGCUGCUUUUGUGAGCUUCUUCAAGGGCAUUUUGUGUUGCGUAUUUGUAGUUUGGUGAUGUUUUUGACAGUGUUAUAAUUAUUACUAAUAUUAAGUAUUUUUCUUGACCUUUGUUGACCUCAAGAGUAGCACCUAUAUUGCACUAUAGAAAAGACCAGAUUUGUGUUCAUCAAAAAAACAAGGAGCUUUUAAACAGAAAAACCUUUGCAGUAGGAAUAGUGGACAGAGGUAGAAGAGAGGGUUCGCUCUCAGACGCCUGGCUACAGACUUAAAAUUGAUUUAACAUAAACAGAUCAGACACAACUUUAUGCGCAGAAUAUCACUGUGACCCUGUUAGUGUUGAUGUAUUUAAACUAAGUAACUGUGUAAGUAAGAGCACAUUUCACAUAGGGGGUAAACUGUGAUCUGUCACCUUCAUGAUGCUACUCAGUCUCUUUAUCCAGGUCAAGGGUGAUAUUAAGGUGUCCCUCUAUCCACAGAGUGAACACUGAUCAGAAUGCUUCAGUGCAUAGUAAUAAUACAUACUAAUUCCAUCUUUAAAUGACAAGACUGCACCUCUGUCCACUAUUAGUUUUGAUUACAAAUAAGGUGCUAAACAACAUAACCCUAAUGGUGUUACUGAACAUAGAUGUAUUACAUUAGAGGCCAGUCUAAAGCAGGUGGCUGCACUCUAAAACCCAGAAUGCACUGAUUGGUCUGUAAAUGUGAUUUGAGCUGCCUGAAUUCUUAUGCAGUGGUUCUGAGUGGAUGUAUCAGGCUACAGUCUGAGUCAGAGAAAUCCAAGCUUCAGUUUCCUGGUGUGGCUGUAACACCAAUACAGUGCACUGGCUGUCAGACCGAGGAUGUCACUUAAUCAGGAAAACACUCACCCUGGGGUACAAUAGUGUGCAAUCAAGACUGGUGUGAAAAGAAUUGCACAUGCAAUGAGCUCCUUGCGUGCCUUCUGCAUUGUUAACUUCUGAUGAAUGAAAUUACAGACUGUUCAGUGCUGUGCAAAAGAUUAAGAUUUAAGGCAGUCAAAAACAAAUGGCUUUUUAUCGGUGGUUUUCAGAUAGUAGAAUGUUAUGAUGUCAUACUCUCUGAUGGGGCAAGAGGCAGGAUUUCUUAUUGAUUGCAUUGUACUUUCCUAUGAAAUAUCCAAAAGGCAAAGUCACAAAUGUUGAACAUGUUCAUUUCUAUUAGUGACUAGAAACCCAGCAGUAUAAAAAUUGAUGACCUAAUGAUUUCUCUACUGAAAAAUGGGCUUUUAAUGACUCUUGGCUCUUUAUUCCAGCCUCACUUAAACUUUGCACAGCAUUGGUCUAUUUCCCAGUUACAGUUGUCCCUGUAUUAAAACAAUAGGAGCUCAGCCUUGUUGUUUGUGUUCAGAUUUAGAACCGGUAGAUGCAUUUAUUGUACAUUCAACUGCUUUCUACUUUGUGUUUUUAUACUGUUUUUGAUAUAUCUGUCUUCACUGUGACUGAAUGGCACAGGAAAGUGCUUCUAGAUCUCUAAAUAUUCUCAUGUGUGUACAUUUUAGGUUCUUCUACUCAUUUAUUUAGAUUGUAAUAAUCAAGCUCAUGCCACUUUUAGAAGAUUAGAAGUUUUGGGGAGAGAAUGGCCUUGCUUUUUUUCAGUUUAUUGUCCGUUUUAGAUGUUUCUGAUUUGGCGUAAAACGUUCUGCCUGAUCAUGCUAGUUUGAAUAAAGCUUUUUAAUCU